UUUAUCUUUUCUAUAUAAAUAUUUUUGAGUGUUUCAGUUUCAGUUUCAGACCAAAACGGUGCGUUUCACUAUUCCGUCGUCGUUUUAACUGUCUUAAACCCGAUCUAGCAGCGAUCUUCUUCUCCGGCGAGUCGGCGGCACCGGAGUCAACACAUUCAGGCGGUGAAAAGAAAACUUUGACUCGACCAAUUCACUGAGUUGACUCGCGAUUUCGACAACAGUACUUACCAAGACGCGUUCUUUCUCUCACCAAUUUCCUUAAAACUCCCCAAAAAUCUUGUCUUUAUUCAUUUUUGUUAGUUUUGUGUUUUUCACCACACGAAAAAGGUGAUGGUGAAUUCAGAGUUUAAGAAAAAGAAGGGUUUUGGAGCGAAAUGGAUUUGGAUUGUUGUUCCUCUUAUUGCUGCCAUUGUUGCAAUUGCGGUUUCUUCCAAAAAUUCGUCCAAAAUUUCUAUUGCUGGAGUCAUUGGGAAAGCGUGUCAGUGUGCUCGGGGUACACCGAAGUAUAGUGGUAUUGUGGAGGAUUGUUGUUGUGAUUAUGAAACUGUAGAUCAUCUUAACAAGGAAGUGUUGUACCCGUCUCUUCAAGAGCUUGUGAAAACUCCGUUCUUUCGGUAUUUUAAGGCCAAGCUAUGGUGUGACUGUCCUUUUUGGCCUGAUGAUGGCAUGUGCCGGUUGCGGGACUGUACUGUAUGUGAAUGCGCAGAAAAUGAAUUCCCGGAGUCAUUUAAGAAGCCUAAUCGACUUCCGUUGAAUGAUCUUGUUUGUCAAGAAGGAAAGCCUGAAGCAGCUGUUGACCGUACUUUGGAUAGUAAAGUUUUCAAAGGAUGGACAGAAAUAGACAAUCCUUGGACUAAUGAUGAUGAGACUGACAAUGAUGAGAUGACAUAUGUGAAUCUUCUACUAAAUCCUGAAAGAUAUACUGGUUACACUGGUCCAUCUGCAAGAAGGAUAUGGGAUGCUGUCUACUCUGAGAACUGCCCCAAAUAUCCGUUGCAAAAAUCAUGCCAGGAGGAAAAGAUAUUGUAUAAAUUGAUAUCAGGUCUUCACUCCUCCAUAUCAGUACAUAUAGCUUCCGAUUACCUACUUGACGAAGCUACGAAUAUGUGGGGCCAUAAUCUUACUUUGAUGUAUGACCGAGUCAUACAAUACCCGGAUCGUGUCAGAAAUUUGUAUUUCACUUUCCUCUUUGUCCUGCGAGCAGUGACCAAAGCUGCAGAUUAUCUCGAGCAGGCCGAGUACAAUACUGGUAACACUAAUGAGGACCUGAAAACAGAAUCCUUGAUUAAACAGCUACUUUAUAACCCCAAACUUCAAACCGCGUGUCCAGUUCCAUUUGAUGAAGCUAAGUUGUGGAAAGGCCAAAGUGGACCUGAGCUCAAACAAAAAAUUCAACAUCAAUUCAGAAACAUCAGCGCAUUGAUGGAUUGUGUAGGGUGUGAGAAGUGUCGAUUGUGGGGAAAGCUUCAGGUUCUUGGUCUUGGAACUGCAUUAAAGAUUCUCUUCUCCGAUGAUGGUCAAGAAAACAUGGUUCAAACACUACAACUUCAAAGGAAUGAAGUAAUUGCAUUAUUGAAUCUUCUCAAUAGACUAUCAGAGUCUGUCAAAUUUGUUCAUGAAAUGGGCCCGACCGCCGAAAGACUCGCGGAAGGACAUCUUCUUGGCCACACAAAAGUUCUUAUUAGCUCCUUGAGAAAACUUUGGUCCAGUAUACUUCAAACUUAGAGAAAGCAGUUGGUGUGACAGUUAGGUUUUGAAUUACUCACAUUACUCCAAAGAGACUAGGCUUAGAAAACCAUCAUCAUGGUUUAAAAUUUUCCAAGGAUGUGAAAGUAAUGUAUGUUAUGUAACAUGUUCACAAUAAAGAUAAUAAAUUAUAUUUGAAUACAAAUAUGAAAGUGAUAGAAAA